AUGGCGCCCAAAGUCAUCUUCCUGAUGGCCGACUAUGGUCACGAUCCUACAGUCCAUGUCCCUACCCAUUGCCCGUCUCACAGGUCCGGAUUAUUAGAAGCUGCUAUCCCCUGGAAAGUGUUCGGCGAAGCCGGCUUCGACAUCACAUUUGCCACCGAAACCGGCAAGCAACCGGUUUGCGACUCGAGAAUGCUCACGGGCUGGACCGGCGCCCUGCUCGGCGCCCCCAAGGUUGCGAAAGAAGCAUACAAGACUUUCUCACAAGAUUCUAGAGUCCAGAAUCCCGCAUCAUGGACGGAUCCCUCGCUAAAGCUCGAGGACUACGACCUCGUCUUCCUGCCAGGUGGUCACGACAAAGGCGUCCAGCAGAUCAUCGAUUCGCCUCGCGUUCACGAGCUAUUGGCCGCAUACUUCCCUAAGACGGCCAGACCAUCGACAAAAUCCCUAGUCGCCAUCUGCCACGGCGUGCAAGUCCUAGCAACGGCGUCUUCAGCCGAAGAUAAGUCCAAGAGUGUCAUACACGAUGUCCAGACGACAGCGCUGCCAGGCUUCAUGGAGCAGAGUAUCUUCUAUGCGACAUGGCCGUUCUUGGGCGAUUACUACAAGACGUAUGGCGCAGGGACGGACUCUGUCCAGGAGAUCGUCACGAAGCGUUUGGACAGCCCCAGCCUUUUCAAGAACAGCUUGAGUCCGAGUCCAUUCGUCGUCGCAGACCCCAAAUACAACUACUUGUCAGGCCGUUUUCCACCCGAUGCGGAAUUACUGGCUCAAAAGGCCGUGGCUAUGGUCAAAGAGUUGACGGGGUCAUCUUGA